AUGCUCUCUCUCAAUAUCCCGAGCUACUCUGCGCCCUCUGGCUACCAGCUCUCGGAGCUGCCAAAGCCGGUGCUCGAGGACAGCAACGAUGUGAUCAUCAGGGUCCACGCCGCCAGCAUCAACCCCAUCGACGUCAAGAAGGCAAACGGGAUGCUGAAGAUGGCGAUGGCGGAUACGUUUCCCUACAAGAUCGGCUAUGACUGCGCCGGCACCGUAGAAGAAGCCGGCAGCAGCGUGAGCCAUCUGAAGGCUGGAGACGAGAUAUACACUCGGCUGCCAGAAGCCUCUCGGGCGAAAGACGUUGCCCUGAAGCCCCCGUCUCUAUCAUUCGCGGAUGCUGCAUCUAUCCCACUGGCGGCAAUGACAGCACUGCAGGCACUGCGACGCUACGGCGGUGACCUUGCAGGGAAAACUGUGCUGGUCCCCGCUGGCUUGGGUGGAACGGGGUUGUUUGCCUGCCAGCUGGCUAAGCAUGCGUUCAAAGCCGGCAAGGUGAUUACAACAGUGUCAACGUCAAAGAUACCCAAAGUAAAAGAGCUGCUGGGAGAGGACACUGUCGAUGAAAUCAUCGAUUACACAAAAGUAGACCCCAAGGAUGCAAUCCCGCCCGGUACGGUAGACUUCCUCUUUGAUACCAUGGCUAAUGCAAUGGAAUAUUUGAGCUUGAUGCGGCCCAAGACAGGCCACAUUAUCUCAGUGUCGACUGCUCCGUCCGGUGACCAGCUGCAGGCCUCUUCUUUGAUGCAGCUCCCCCAUCGGCCAGCCCUCCCGAUACCGAUCAAGCUCGCCCUGAACGCUAUGGACAGCAUUCGCAAGUUCCGGGCCCGUCGGUAUGGUGUUACCUAUUCAUACAUGUUUCUCGAGUCGAGCUGCAAAGACCUGGAGGAGUUGAGAGACCUCGUUGAGUCUGGUAAGCUGAGGACGGUUGUGGGCACGACCGCCAGCUUGAGGGAUCUCCAGGCUGUCCGGGAGGCGUGCCAGAUAGUCUACAGCGGUCGCGGUGGCCUUGGGAAGGUAGUUAUCAAUGUCGUUGAUUGA